UUCACCGGACUCUCACCCACAAUUCCGACUAAAACACCCGGUUACUAAGUGCUCCCACCUCGAUUUGAAAGUGGACCUAACACCGCCUUACUUUCUUGACAUGGGAGACAUGGGGGAUCCGCCGAAAAAAAAACGAUUAAUUUCAUUGUGCGUUGGAUGUGGGAAUCAAAUUCACGACCAAUACAUUUUGCGAGUAUCCCCCGACCUGGAAUGGCAUGCAGCAUGUUUGAAGUGCGCUGAAUGCAACCAGUAUUUGGAUGAGUCUUGCACUUGCUUCGUCAGAGAUGGGAAAACAUACUGUAAAAGGGACUAUAUCAGAUUAUAUGGAAUAAAAUGCGCAAAAUGCAACAUCGGCUUCAGCAAGAACGACUUUGUCAUGAGAGCACGCUCGAAGGUGUAUCAUAUUGAGUGUUUCCGAUGUGUGGCCUGCAGCCGGCAGCUCAUCCCCGGGGACGAGUUUGCUCUUAGGGAGGAUGGCCUGUUUUGCCGGGCCGAUCACGACGUGGUGGAACGAGCCACCCUGGGCGCUGGAGACCCCCUAAGCCCAUUGCAUCCGGCAAGACCCUUACAAAUGGCAGCAGAGCCCAUUUCUGCCAGACAACCAGCGCUUCGGCCCCACGUCCACAAACAGCCGGAGAAGACAACGCGCGUCCGAACAGUGCUAAACGAGAAGCAGCUUCACACGCUGCGGACCUGCUACAACGCCAACCCCAGGCCCGAUGCACUAAUGAAGGAACAGUUGGUGGAGAUGACAGGCCUCAGCCCCCGGGUCAUCCGAGUAUGGUUUCAAAACAAGCGAUGCAAGGACAAAAAGAGGAGCAUCCUUAUGAAACAGCUCCAACAGCAAGCUCCCAAUGACAAAACGUUUAUCUGGGACUAUAUGCAGAAUAUCCAGGGGAUGACGGGGACUCCCAUGGUGGCCACCAGUCCAGAGAGACAUGAUGGAGGUUUACAGGCAAACCAGGUGGAGGUGCAAAGUUACCAGGCGCCUUGGAAAGUCCUCAGUGACUUCGCGCUGCAGAGUGAAAUCGACCAGCCAGCAUUUCAGCAACUGGUAAAUUUCUCGGAAGGAGGACCAGGCUCGAACUCGACAGGGAGCGAGGUGGCCUCCAUGUCCUCACAGCUGCCUGACACUCCCAACAGUAUGGUGGCGAGUCCCAUAGAGGCCUAGGACACAUGGAUGCGCUCCUCUUUCUAACACUUCGCGAAGUCGAGGAGGGACUUGUCCAUCUGAGGAGUGAACAUCAUCCGCCACGACCAUCCUCAAGAACUGCGACCAGGCCGCUUUGUAUGAACAACCCAACCGGUUGCAUUAAUACACUGUGAAGACAAUCAUGGGAUUUAAGGCGCUCGGAUCCACGAGACAAGAGAGACACGAGUGCACCUGCCGAGCGUUGCAAAAAUACUGUGUGAGAUGAUUUAGCGUUCAGAAGAUUCACCUGGUAAACAGAAUUACUGGUGUGUACCAGAUGCAAGAUUAAAGUCGUACCGUCCUUGCGCUUCAAGCAGCAUGGGAAGUUCCACUACAUCACCUCCCUGGUGCGGAGGGUUGUUGAUUGGAACAGAGGUUUACGACAGGUUUGCCAAAAAAUACCUACACUAUAUCAUUUUUUUUUACUAUGGGUGGAUCUCUGUGACAUACUGCGAAAGACGAUUUUUUUCACACCCAUGUGUAGGCCGAUGCAGCUAACGCGGCUGCACGUGCCUACAACAUCACCACCAAGAGACUGUUGGUUCUACUCUAUUGCAGCUUGGAGCGAGACAAGGCCGCAAUUAGCCUAUGGCAUUUGGAAGGAUAGGCAGAGAGGUCUACAGCUUUCCCCAGAUUUGUUUUGUUUAAUAUUUUUGGUUACAUGGUCUCAUUUGAAGCCCAAGUACUAAAGCAUUGCAACAAGGUAUACCUCUAUUUUGCCACGAGCUUGGUGGGAAUUUUAUGUGUUUGUGUCCGUCCAAGAACAUUUUUUUCUUUCCCAAAGAUGUGUAUAGUCAUAAGUUAUAACCAUUGAUUAGCCCUGGAAAAUGGUUACUUUUUGUUUGUUCCUGUAUUACAAAAUAAUAAUGAUAAUAAUUUAUUAUUUAUUGUCGGAAGACCUGCCACUUUUUGUGUACCUUUCUUUGCUGAAGUAAAAAGGAGUAAAACAGAUUAUGCUAUUGUGGACUCUGAAUUGUCAGUCAGACUUGAUGUGUCCUGUCGUUUGAUUACAUGAUGUAAAAUAACGCCAUAUGUAGAACUAUAUCAGGAAAA